UCGUCACUGUGGUAUGAAACAGGAAACACUCCUGAGGUAAACUGUAAGCCAGUCAGGGAAAUCCGUAUGUUUUUGUUGACCGUGUGUCGUCGGUUUUGUUUUUGCCUCUUUGCUUGUGUUUAACGGUUUUAAAAGGAGAUUAUAGAAGCUGCAGACACCCGGGAGACGGCAUGGCGACCACCAUGAGCACCCAGAGAGGACAGGUUUAUAUUGGAGAGCUUCCAAAGGACUUCUUGAGAAUCGCUCCCACCCAGCAGCAACAACAGGUCCAGCUAGACGCCCAGGCAGCCCGCCAGCUGCAGUACGGAGGCUCCAUCAACACUGUUGGCCGCCUCAGCAUCACUGUUGUCCAGGCUAAAUUGGCAAAAAACUACGGUAUGACACGGAUGGAUCCGUACUGCAGGAUCAGACUUGGCUAUGCAGUCUACGAGACGCCAACAGCUCAUAACGGAGCCAAAAACCCUCGCUGGAACAAAGUGAUCCAGUGUACAGUACCCCCAGGGGUGGAUUCCUUCUACCUGGAGAUCUUUGACGAGAGAGCCUUUUCUAUGGAUGACAGGAUAGCAUGGACACAUGUCACUAUCCCAGAGGGGCUGAGGGACGGUAGCGUGGUGGAUGAAUGGUUCAGCCUCAGUGGUCGUCAAGGCGACGACAAAGAGGGCAUGAUCAACCUAGUGUUGUCGUUUGCUUCCUUACCAGCAGCAGUGAUGAGUCAGCCUGUUGUUCUAAUGCCGUCCGUCUAUCAAGAAGGAGUGGGAUAUGUCCCCAUUGGAGGGGUACAUGGAGUCUACAAUCAGGGUGGUGUACCUGUGCCAAUGCCAACAGCCAUGCCAGCUGUCGGGGGCCAGGGCCCAGCAUGCACCGAGGAGGAUCUCAAGGCUCUGCAGGACAUGUUCCCCAACCUGGACAAGGAGGUGGUUCGCACGGUGCUGGAGGCUCAGCAGGGCAACAAAGAUGCUGCCAUCAACUCUCUCCUGCAGAUGGCAGAAGAGUUCUAGUGAAAGCGCAAACGUCACAGGCAAUGGCAUGGAAACUGUUUUUAUCCUCACGUAAUUCGUUCAGAUCAAAUACUAAACACCUACUUCAGGAUCCAACCCAAACGCUUUUCAGCAGAAAGCAGGUGUAUUUAUACCUCACUUCCCUUCAGGUGUUUACUAAUUAGUUCCGUAUUUGUGCUCCCAUAGUAUUUUAUGCUACCAUAUGAAUAAAAAUGUAAAAUUUGUUGGAAAACAGUUUGUAAGUCCUCAGUAGUCUUAUUUAUUUAUUGUUUAUAGGAAAGCACCUCCUUGCGUUGUUGCAUCUGCAACAGUUUUCAAAAUUUCUACAAUAAAGGUUGUUGGAAUACUCGGCUUCUUCAUCAGGUACACCUGUGCAGUAGUUUAAUGCAAAUAUCUAAUUAGCCUAUCACACGGCAGCAACUCAUUUAUCUAGACACGGUGAAGCCGAUGCUGGAGUUCAAACUGAGUGUCAGACUGGAGAAGUUUAAAGGAUAUGACCGUACCGGCGGUGCCAGAUGAGCGCCGGACCCACCCACAUCUCAAGGGAGUUCCACGAGCAGCAGGUGUGUGGAGGAUGUCACAGAGCUCACAUAAUUUCUAACUGGGUUCGCUGGACUCUGGACUGGGUUUUGGCUCAGUGAUGUAAUGGUUUUGAUGAGUUGUAAUGAUUAACCUCUGUCGAUGUUUCCCGUCUGUACCACACAGCAGCGGUUCCCUAAGGGGACCUGGAGUCCAGAUAUCAGAACACGUCAAAGAUUCCUUCCUCUACCUGACUUGUUCAUCAAAAUGUUGACCACAAAACUCCGCUAAAUAAAGGGGCUGUUGUCCUCAGUGUGGCCUUUUAACACACAGGUACCAUCACAGCAUUUGGCUUGGAGACGUUGCUGGAUUACACUCUAAAACCUGAUGAAUUGUGACAUUCUUACACCAAAUGUAAAGUAAGAGUAGACCGUUGUGGCUCGGUGGUUUGUACUGUCACGUGAUUGAACAGCUUAAGUCGAUCUACUGUUGAAUGUUUUGUACCUGCUUGUAUUUUCUGUUUCACAGUAAGCCAGAAAAGUUUUAAUAAUGUAAAAUGAGCGUGGAAGAAAGAGAAACGUGUAAAUAUCACACUAUUAUCAUCAAUAAAACUAAAGAAAACCUGUAA